GGCUACAAUCCGAGUUAUAAGGUAAUGGCGUCGCUUUAUUAUCUCAUUUUUCAAAAUUGCAUCCCAACAUUCAGAUUCAAGGGCAAAUUCACCAUCGAGCGGGCGCUUUGUUACCACCACCAAACAAAUAUCAUAAAUUGCUUCAGAUCUACUUCAUUGGUGAUUCGGAAGAUGAACUAAAUCAGCGUUGUGCAAUUUUCAGUGCAACUAAACGUGAAAUUAUACAACAAUUGCAAAAUCUUCUGCAUGAGCGUAAUGGUCAGAUUGUUCAAAACUGCAUUGGAUACAAUGCAUUCUGACGUCCACAAAAUCAUUAUCAGCGCUGACAAAAGGCCCACUGGAAGCCAUGCAAGACAAUUUAAUGCUCCCACUAUUAAUGAAGUCGCAGUGGUGAUUGUUGGCGAGAAUGUGGAAUCACGCGAUAUUGUUCUCAAGCGUCGGGAUGAUGGCCAAUUGCAGCGAGUUUAUGAGACUCAUCGGUCAUAUGAUGCACUUCAAUACCCGUUGAUGUUCUGUCGUGGAGAAAAUAGGUAUCACUUCAACAUAGAGAUGGUCAAUCCAACGACAGGAGAAGAAACUAUUAAGAAGGUCAGCUCUAUGAAUUUUUAUGCGUAUCGAUUGAUGAUUCGACUAGAUGUUGACAAUCAUCUGUUGAGAUACCGCAGUUUGUUUCAACAGUACUGUGUCGACAUGUACGUCAAAGUAGAAACGGAGCGUCUCAAUUUCAUUCGUGACAUGCGUGACGCCAUCGCUACUGAAGGACACGCGGCCAGCAUCGGUUGUUUGACCAUUCUCCCAGCUACUUAUGUUGGAAGCCCGCGCCAUAUGCAUGAGUACGCUCAAGAUGCGAUGACGUAUGUCCGUAAUUACGGACGCCCGGAUUUAUUCAUCACGUUGAUAUGCAAUCCGAAAUGGCCCGAAAUUACGAAUCGGUUGCUUCCAGGACAAACAUCUAGCGAUCGACCUGACAUCACUGCACGAGUAUUCAAGCAAAAGUACUUAUGAAUUACAUCGUUAAGCAGAAGGUUUUUGGCGCAGUUCGUUGUUGGAUGUACUCAGUUGAGUGGCA